AUGGGGAAUAUUUUUGCUAACGUCUUCAAGGGCCUUUUUGGCAAAAAAGAAAUGCGCAUUCUCAUGGUUGGCCUGGACGCUGCCGGAAAGACUACUAUUUUAUACAAGCUGAAACUUGGUGAAAUAGUAACUACUAUUCCCACUGUAGGUUUCAACGUGGAAACUGUAGAGUACAAAAACAUCAGCUUCACCGUGUGGGACGUGGGUGGCCAGGAUAAGAUCCGACCUCUGUGGCGCCACUACUUCCAGAACACACAAGGUCUGAUUUUUGUGGUCGACAGCAAUGACCGAGAGCGUGUGAUCGAGGCCCGCGAGGAGCUCAUGAGGAUAUUGGCCGAAGAUGAGCUCAGGGAUGCUGUCUUACUAGUGUUCACUAACAAGCAGGAUCUCCCCAAUGCCAUGAAUGCUGCUGAAAUCACAGAUAAACUGGGAUUGCAUUCUCUGCGCCACAGAAACUGGUACAUUCAGGCCACCUGUGCCACCAGUGGGGACGGGCUGUACGAAGGACUGGACUGGCUGUCCAAUCAGCUCCGAAACCAGAAGUGAACCGAGACCGUGUCCUCCCCCCUCCCUCCUCUCCCUCUUCCUUCCUCCUCUUCGCCCUCCGCUUUACUCUCAUGUGGCAAACUGUGCUACUCUGUGGUAUUGAGUGCCAGAAGCUGUUUCCAUGGGUUUUGGUCACAGUAUGUAUUGCACCAUGCUGUAAAUGUGGCAGACACAGCCUGCAAACAGGUUUUUUAUUUAAUGUAAAUAGUUUUUGUUUCCAAUGAGGCAGUUUCUGGUACUCCUAUACAAUAUUACUCAGCUUUUUUUAUUGUAAAAAAAAAAA